AUGGAGUUCUUUCGCCUGGCAGAGCUGAACGAGUCCACGGCCAAGCUUGGCACCUGGCUCUUCCGGGUGGAGCAUGUGAUCUCCGAGGAGUACGAGUACGAGUGGAAGGGCAAGCAGCAUCGCACAUGGAAGCUGACGAUGGUGUUGCUGACCCAGGAAGCUUCGGAGUACUGCCUGGGCCAGGUGAAAGUGGCGAAGAGCAACUUGCAGCAAGUCCAGACGGCCGAGCGCCGCUACACCGUCGGCACGCUUUGGCAGGUGAGCAAGGUCGCGCUGGCCAAAGAAAGCAAGCAGUAUGUGCACACUCCACGUAAGCUCGUGAUCGACAUGGCGAAGAGCAAGGUGGUCUCGGUCUCCGACGCGCAAGGGCUGGUCAUGCCGCCAACUGUGGUGGCGAACGCGGUGCUGCGAGACAUUCUCCAGCUGCAGGACAAGCAGCGCUUCGAUGUCACCUGCGUGGUGAAGGGGGUCAGCGAUCCUCGCACGGUGACAACGCCUUCGGGGGAGAAGAGGGUCCUGGACGCGACCUUGACUGAUGGCACGGCGGAGAUGACGUUGUCUCUUUGGUUUGAGAUGGGCGAGGCAGGGGAGGCAGGGCUUGCUAGCCUGCGUGAGAACGUCGCGGAGAGCAGCCCUUUGACUUUCUGUGGCCUUGAAGCGGAGCCGAGCAGGGCAGACGACAGCAAGGCGCUCAUCAAGACUACGCGGCACACUUUUUUCAUCAAGGCGACGGGUGAGAAGGCUGAGGAGUUAAAGAGAGAUGCCGACGACAUCAAAGCUCGCCAGCUCGACUUGGUGUCCCAAGCAUGGGUUGCGCAUAGCCCGGUGGACUACCUGAAUACGCCAGUGCAGCAGACCACUUGCUUCUUGCUGGAAAAGUUCCGGACAGUGAUUGAGCAGGACACUGUGCUCCAGCUGAACUUCGUGCAAGUUCUGCCCCCCACGCCGGGCUCGAGUGUUAAGACCAAGGAUGGCAGCAGGCUUUGGUUCUCGACGGCAAUGUCUGACGCGUCCGGCACGGUGGACAUCGUGGUUCGCGAGAAAGCGGCCCUGGCAUUGUCUGGCUGCGCCAAUGCAGAGGAGUUUGAAAGCGCCUUUCAGGACCUCUGGGCUUGUGCUGUUGAAAGCGCGUGGAGGGCUCUCGCUCCACAGCCAUGGACAGCAGCCAUCAAGUAG